AUGUUUGAAUAUGUGAUUCUCUCCUUGUCGUCUCAAGUCAAGUUGGUAAGUCGCCACAAGAGCCACCGCCACCGUCCCUCAACCACCACCACCACCGUGAGCACCACGACCGGCGAAUCGGACUGUGAGGUGGAGGAAGGGGAGGAAGGUGACCCUGAGGUUUGGGCCAACAUGAACCGGAGCUUCCGUCAGGUUCAGUCGGUGCUGGACCGGAACAGAGCUCUGAUCCAGCAGGUGAACGAGAACCACCAGUCUCGGAUUCCCGAUAAGAUGGUGAAGAACGUUUCGCUCAUUCAAGAGCUUAACGGUAACAUUUCUAAGGUCGUUUCUAUGUACUCUGAUCUUAAUUCCAACUUCACCAACGCCUGCCAGCACCGUUCCAAGAACGGUAACUCCCUCCGCCGCGGUGACAACUAAUAAUACUCAUAAUAAUAAUAAUAAUAAUAUGUCUAUGCAAUAAUUAUCUAAACUCAAAACUGGCUUCUUUCUCUCACUAACUUUCUUAAUCGAUCUCUGUUCGCUGUCUCAGUGUUGUUGUCCAAUUCAGUUUGAUUUUGAUGCAUUAAAGGUUUUAUACAUUCAUUCAGUCACAUAAUUACCCUAAAUCAUUCACACGGUAGGUGGUUAUUUUUACUCACAUUGCGUUCGUUAAUCGAAUGCAUGCAUAAAUCUGGUUUAGACAAUGCAUCAAAAUUAAAUUUAUUUUAAAUUAUAUCGACUGAAGUUAAAAAUAGAAUAACAAAACAGUUACUUCCGAAUCUUCUCAUCUUUCUAAUCUCUAUAGUAAUUCAUGUCAUGCAUGCAAGGAUAGAUGAUACAAGUAGCUAGGUUAAGUCUUGUGAUAAUACACAUUUGUUCGAUUCUUGUAUCCAGAGCUCAAGGGCUAACAUGUUUACGUGGAGAGAAAAUUAAGAAGAUGAGAUGAUUUUCUUUUUAGUAUGGUGUCAUGUGUGUGUUAUUUUCUGUUGCUGAAGUUGAGCAACUGUGAUGGUAGUUUUGGGGUUUGUUUUGUCGUUUAUGUCAAGUAAGGACGGUGAAGGCGAAGCAUUGUAUCGUCCUCUCUUGACACUCUUCUCUCUCUGUCUUAUGUGUUUGUGAUCUUCUUCUUCUUCUGCUAUUGAUGGCACUUUUGCUUGCCCUUGUAAGAAUGAUCAAGUUAGUAUGAUCUUGUUCAAGUUGACAGUGUCAGUGUUGUACUUGUACUUGUUGAAUGUAAAAUCAAUAAAAAACAAAGUUAAUUUUCAA